AUGCAGUAUGUUCGCCUCGGAAACUCUGGCUUGAAGGUGUCGCGUAUCAUCCUAGGAUGCAUGUCAUACGGCAGCCCCGAGUGGCAGAGCUGGGUGCUCCCCGAGCAAGAAGCUAUCAAACAUAUCAAGUUUGCAUAUGAACAUGGGAUCACGACAUUUGAUACCGCCAACUCAUACUCGAAUGGCCUAUCCGAGAUAAUCCUCGGAAAGGCGAUCAAAGAGCUGCAACUCCCGCGAGAGGAGCUCGUCAUCAUGACCAAGCUUUGCGUACCUGUCUUGCCAGACCACGGUACAUACUUCUAUGGUCUGGGUAAAAAGCCGGAAGAACUCGGGAUAAUCAAUCAAUACGGGCUCAGUCGCAAGCAUAUCUUCGACUCGGUCAAGGCCAGCCUGAAACGCCUCCAACUGGAACAUAUCGAUCUGCUCCAAUGUCACCGCUUUGACUACAACACCCCCAUCGAAGAGACGAUGCAAGCCCUGCACGAUGUCGUCAAAGCCGGAUACGUCCGCUACAUCGGCAUGAGCUCCUGCUAUGCGUACCAAUUUCACCAGAUGCAAAACUACGCGAUCACACACAAGCUCACGCCGUUCAUAUCGAUGCAGAACCACUACAGCCUGCUGUACCGCGAGGAAGAACGUGAGAUGUUCCCGACGCUGAAGAUGUUCGGUGUGGGGUCCAUACCGUGGUCGCCGCUCGCGCGCGGAAUGCUCACCCGGCCGCUCAACACUGAUUCUAAACGGGCAGAGUCUGAUAAUCUCCUUGGAUGGUACCAGAAUCCGGCAUCGACGGCGAUCGUUUCGCGGGUGGAGGAGCUCGCGAAGAAGAAGAGCGUAAGCAUGGCCCAGGUUUCGAUCGCCUGGAUGCUCUCCAAGGAUGGUGUUUCCGCACCCAUCGUCGGGUCGACGAACUUGAAGAACCUGGAGGAUAUCAUUGGCGCGCUCGCCGUGAAGCUGACCGAUGAUGAGAUCAAGUAUCUCGAAGAGCCGUACCAGCCCCUGCGCAUCGCCGGCCACGUCUAA